GUUUUGUGGGUAUGUUUAGCCAUAUUGGAUUUUUUUUAGUCAUUUUAAAAAUAUUUCGAGUUUAUUACGUGUGCUGCUGAAAAGUAGCUUAUAACUUAAAAAGUGAACCUCUUGCGUACAAAGUGAUUUUUUGAAUUAAAAGUUCUCAUGUGAGUGAAUAAAGAAAAUUGAAAUAAGGCAAAUCGUAACUCCAAGUCAGAUUAGAAGCGUUAUUCUCCUAAGUGUGGGAGACUAGAACAAAUAUAUAAUAGUGUAAUGGCGUGUGCAACCCUUAAAAGAGCAUCGGAUUGGGAAUCAUCCCUGAAUCAGCGUCCAUCAAAGCGUCGGCGUUGCAACCCCUACGGAACGCCUGCUCCUUCCAGUCAUAAUGCUACUAUGAAAGUUGUUGAAAAUAAACCUUCACCAUUUGGAGAAAUUGAUAGGAAAUUAACUCCAGAAAAAAUGGCAGCUAACAUUCGCGAAGAAAUACGUCGUUUGCAUAAACGCAAACAAUUAAAUUUUAAUCACAAUCGAAUGAAUUCGGAAUUAGAACAUCACGAAGAUUCGGACGGGUCCAGUUCGGGGUCGGAGAGCUGCAUAAUGAAUAUGUCUCCAUUGCCAAGUCCAGUGGGUCAAAACAGUGAAAUUGGCAUACAAAACAAUGAUCUUAAUAUGAGACAAAGUUAUGGUAAAAAUUCAGAUAAGGCCCUUUUCACCUUUAAGCAGGUCGGUCUGAUUUGUGAAAGGAUGCUGCGUGAAAGAGAGAUUGAGCUGCGUGAACAAUAUGAUCGAGUGCUGACUACAAAGCUGGCUGAGCAAUAUGAUGCUUUUGUUAAAUUUACAUAUGAUCAGAUUCAAAGACGCUAUGAAGCCACUCCAAGUUAUCUUUCUUAAAUCA